UAUGUUUGCAUCUCACCAAUAUUUUCUUAGACAUGAUUAAACAUGAUUCUUUACUUGCUUAUGUCGAUUUUUAACAAAGCUAUUACGCUGCAAACAACAUUUUUUUGCAGCUUGAAAAUGAUAUGCUGUUGGAGGCGUUCUCCAUUCAGUUAGUAAUUCUAGCAAUUCUGAAGCAAAGUCUGCACGUCUGUCACGCACAAGCUGUCGUUGCUGCAGAAGAAAGCCCGUCAUUUGAAACUAUUAAAUCCCCCCAAAAUAGUAAAGCUUCUCAUUCUGUUUCAUCUGAGAUCGAAAAAGAGUUCCUUCUUUCAGUCGAGCAUGCAGAGGAACUUGCCAAGGACGUCGGACAAGUAGAAGAAGCUGCACAUAUGCCCGAUGCUAUUGAGCUAAUAUUCCAAUCCGCGCUUGCAUUUGGAAGGCGUGGUGCUGUUGAUGAGGUGAUGAAAAACAUUGAGAGGGCUGAGGUUUGGUACUCGAAGGCGGUGAUUUUACUACAUUUCCUUCUGUUGGAAGCACCAUGCCUUAACCUGUACCCGCCGGUCUGUCUCACAAUUUCCGAUCAACAACGCCUACGAAUAUACAUAGACGUCCUCAACAACAGGAACAACCGAUUCCGCUUACAGAGAAUGACUCUUAAAGCCUGAAAAGCUUUGUUCAGGGAAAAAU